GCGACGCCAGAAUCCCUGGAUACUAUCGAUAGGCAGUCAGCUUGUGUUGUCAUUUUUUUAAAUAUGGGCGAUCUGCUGAGCAACUCGGAGUUUUUCAAGAAGCUGGGCGUGGACAGCUCGAAUCAGUGGAUCCUCUACGAUGAGCAGAUGGAGCAGUUCUUCAAGUUCCUCUCGGGGAACAUCACGGAUGCGAAUAUCCUCACGGAGCGACAGUCUCUGGAGGCGGAGGAGAUGCAGCGGCGAGAGGAGUGGCUAAGUAAAUCGGAUCGCGAGUUGAAGUUGCUGCAGAUCGAUUCGGAGAGCCCUGGUCUUCUGAGUUACAAACAGCAGGAUGUGGACGCUCUGAGCAUGGGCAUUGAAGCGAUCGAGGAGGCGUCUAGGGAUUAUGCCACGCUUCUGGAGGACAUGAUAAAUACAAAGAACUCCAUAAAUAACCACCUGAGCGAAGUUGAGUGCGCUGCCGCCGAGCUGCAACUAAGGGAGAAGGAUCUGAUAGCCGAGUGUCAGUCCAAAGCCAAGCAACUGGAGGAACUGCAGCGGGAGAACUGCCGACUAAGCAGCGAGGCCAAGAAGGCCUUUACCUCCCAGCAGUCGCCGCCACUCUUUAUGCAUCAACUGCCACUGGAGCAGUACUUCCACAAGUGCGACUCCUUCAUGCAAUACUUUACUCUGUAUGUAAAGGAAAACUUCAAGAUUCAGGACUAUGAUGAAUUCCAGAGCGCAGAGGCAGAUCUUCUGCAGGAGAAGGCCAAGCUGGAGGACUUGCAACAUGGCAUCCAGUUUUAUGCCCUAUCCUAUAUAAGGACCAAAGCCAAGGCCAAGGCCACGCAGGCUCUAAUAGAUCAGCUGGAUCUCGGCCAUAUACACUGCCUUAGUUUGGCGGAUAUGACGCGCGAAAUGCACGAUUUGCAGCUACUUAACGAUCAUCAGCUGAGCAACAUUUUCGAUACGCUCUUAAAUGAUCUUACUAUUCACAUUCAGCAGCACACCCAGCGGCGUAUUGAGCUCGUACUCUACGAGAAUACCAAACUCAAGUUGGAUCGAGCUGUUCGGCGCCACGAGAGUGACAAGAAGCUGACCAAAAUCAUAUCGGAUGCUCUGUCCAAUGCGGAACUGUUGUGGAUUGCGAUCCAGCUGGACUGUGACAAGAAGCGCAACUGCCUGGACACAUCGGAGGAGCUGCAUAACCAAGCGCAGACCACCUGGCAGAGGAUUCAGACAAUGCGGUCCAUCAAUGCCAGCUACCAGGGAAUUUGCGCUCCGUUUGUGCAGGAGAUUGCCAAUCUGCUGUCAGCCCAUUUGGGACAGAACAUAAAGGCUGGCGAGGCCAAGGCUUGCCUAUUUGAGUACGAAAAGUUCGGCCGUCUGCUAUCGUAUUCGUUUCAGAGCAUGCAGAAAAAGUCCUGUGUGGCUGCCCAGGAUCAAUUGGCAGAACUCAAGCGUUUGGAGCAGACCUUGCGACCCUUUGUCUAUGAUUCCCCCAUUGAAAGGCCAAUGUUUGAGAAUGUCCGGUACUUGAGCGCCAUUUACAAUGUCACCCAGCAACAAAAUCGUCUCGAUGAAGCCGUGCGAUCCUUGCGGACAGAUUUCCUCGAAAAUGUAGUCGGCCGCAUUGAAAAGGAUAAACUUUGGCGCUAUAGCGUAGUCCUUUGGAUAUGGUUCCUCACUGAACCGCAUCGCAUGAUGCAUGCAAUCGAUGAAGUUAAAAAGGCAGCCGCCGGUGUGAUCCGCCCUGGUGGCGGUCUGCAGCGCAAAUGAAUUUAGUUGAUAACGAAACUAGUCCGCAAGUAAAGUUUAAAUUAUUAAAAAAAUUAUUUCAACUAAA